AUGGAAGGUGCGGCGUGGUGGGAGCAAGCACUUGCGCAGCUGGCAGCGGCACUGAGGCCGGAUGAGCGCAGCAUCUCGGCGGAUGCUGUGCUCUUCGGAGUGUGCAUCACAAGCUGUGGGAAGGCUUCGCAGUGGCCGUGGGCACUGCAGAUGCUGCAGGAGAUGCGGCGCUGGGACACGCCGCCCAGCUCGGGCAGCCACAACUCCGUGCUCUUCGCCUGCGAGCGCGCCAGUGCCUGGAGGCACGCGGUGGCUUUGCUAUGGGAGGCGCAGGCCCUAUCAGACCUGGGCAGCUUCAACUCGGUGAUCAGCUCGUGUGGCAAAGGCCAGCAGUGGAGGUGGUCCGUUUCGUUGAUCCCGCGGAUGAAGGACAAGGAGCUGAUGCCGGAUGAGGUCACCUGGAACUCCUUGCUGAGCGCUUUGGGGGCAGCUGCUCAAUGGCAGCGGGCGAUGCGACUCUUUGAGGAGCACCCGACGAGGCUGGCGUGCAACGCCACCAUCAGCGCCUGCGCCGGCGGCGCCGCCUGGCGCCAGGCCUUGAGCCUUCUGCGGACGCCGAAUGCUGGAAGACCCGAGGUGGGUCGCUUCAACGCGGCGAUGACCGCCUGCGUCAAGGGGCGCCAUCCAAGAAGAGCUCUCCGCCUCUUCGGUGAACUCAAGGCACAAACCGCAGGCCCCGACACGGCCAGCUUCGGCGCUGCGCUGAGCGCGUGCGAGAAGGCCGCGUGGUGGUCCGAGGCGCUGGCCCUCCUGGCGCAGGUGUCGCCCAGCAUCGUGCUGCUGAACACUGCCGCCAGCGCCUGUGAGAAAGGGCAUCAGUGGCGCUGGGCACUUCAGAUGCUUCGACAGGCCCGGACGGCGCAGUUGCGGGCGGAUGCCACCACCUUCAACGCGGUGAUGGCCGCCUGUCUGCGGGGUGAGCAGUGGGCGAAGAGCUUGGCCCUCUUCCAAGGCAUGCGCCCCAUGGCCACGCUGCCGUCCUUCGCCGAGGCCUUGGGAAGUCUGCGCCAGGCGGGGCGCUGGGAAGACGCCCUGGGGCUCCUCUGGGAGCUGCCCCGCUGGGACCUCCAAACGCUCACGGCAGCGCUGGGCGCCCUUUGCCGCGGAAGCCGUUGGCGGGAGGCAUCGCUCUUGUUGGACAGCCGCAUCACUGCAUUGCAGCCCGACGUUGUUUGCCUCCUGCUGAGACACUAG